UUGUAUGUGUUUUGUUGUAAUAGAGAAUUUAUUUUGAAGUGAUGGGACCGGAUGUGUUAUUAUUGUUCUGGAAGGAGAAGCACAGCCGUUACCCAGCACCUGUUUCUAAACUUUCCUGAUAUCUUGAUAAAAAGCGAGUUUAUUUCGGGGUUUAGCUCGUCGGUUGGGAAACUUUAAAGGUCAGGUGAGCUCGGUGAAACGAUAAAAAGCCGCCAUGGCGUCGCCGCUGCAGAUGACAGAGAUGUACGACAACGCUCUGCUCGGGAUCCUGCAGCACGUCGGGAACAUCCAGGACUUUCUUCAGGUCUAUUUCGGGUUUCUCUACCGAAAAACCGACUUCUACCGGCUGCUUGCGAGUCCCAACGACAAGAUGGGCUUCCCUCCCGGUGUGGCGGAGAAGAUGGUGUUCAAGACGUACAAGCUGUUUGAGAAAGUGGCGGAGCAGGACAGAGAGCGACGGCUGAGCGAGCUGCAGAAGAGAGAGGAGAGUCGCUCCGUUCCUCCGGCGGUUCAGGAGCUGGAGAUCACAGCCGAGCCUCCGGAGGAGACGGAGGAGCCGAGCACCGAGGCGGCUCAGACGGAGAGUUCUCCUGGAGACGUUUCAGCUGCUGCUUCCUCUGCAGCGACCAUCAGCCCUCAGCCCGACAGCAGCAGUGGAGCAGGACCGGCGGCUCAGGGAGACCAGGCAGCUGCAGCCAGCAACACCUCAGCAGAAAAGGGUCAGGAGAAGUUUCAGUCGGACCCGGACAGUUAUAACGGCGCUGUAAGGGAAAACUACAGCUGGUCUCAGGACUACACCGACGUGGAGAUCCGCGUCUUUGUGCCAAAGACGGUUGUUAAAGGCCGACAGGUCCGAGUUAACCUGCAGACCAGCAGCAUGCAGGUGUGUGUGAAGGAGGGAGCCGAGGAGAAAACACUGAUGGAGGGAGAAUUCACUCAAAAGAUCAACACUGAAAACUCUCUGUGGAGUCUGGAGCCUGGAAGCUGCGUGGUGCUGUCGCUCAGUAAGAGCUCGGAGGUGUGGUGGAACGCGGUGUUGAAAGGAGAAAAGGAGAUCGAUAUCAACCAAAUAAACCGCGAGCGAACGAUGGCGACGGUGGACGAGGAGGAGCACGCCGUGCUGGACCGCCUCUCCUUCGACUACCACCAGAAGAUGCAGGGGAAACCUCAGAGCCACGAGAUGAAAGCACACGAGAUGCUGAAGAAGGGCUGGGACGCCGAGGGCUCGCCGUUCAGAGGGCAGCAGUUCGACCCGUCCAUGUUCGACAUCCCGCCCAGCGCCGUGCAGUUCUGAGGCACGGACACAACUCAACACGCCAAAUACUGAACUGAGUCCUGUUUGUUCACACAGCGGGGCGUAGUAGAGGUUUACCUGCCGGUCUGUCCAGCCGGACGUUAGCUGUAAGAGCAGAACUGGAGCUGAAACAGAGACAAGGACGCGUCAUUAUAUCAAAUGUUUAUUUGAUGUUUUGAAAGUGUGGAAAUAUGUGAUAGAUAUGUAUUUGUUAAAUGUUUUGCUCUUUAUUUAAUAACUCUACAGUGCCUAUAUGAAUCAAUUUGUUAUAUUUUAUUCUUAAACCAAUUACCCCAAAACUGUCGAGCGUUUAGUCCUCUCUGAAGAGUUUCCAUCCAAAUGUAGCUUUCAAGAAAGUCGUCAGAUAUUAGGAGUCACUUCAUUAAGAUAAAAAGCUGAUAUUUAAGUGGAAGCAGGAACGUAGAAAACAUGUAUCUUAUAUUAAAUAUUUGCCUCAAAUGGUGAAAAAUAUGAUGGAAAUGUGGCAUUUCUGUUUGUUUAUAUUGUAUUAAUGUGAGGACGUUACACUCACUCCACACAUUGGACAUGGAGGUUUUUGUUGCACUUUUUACAGACACACCAGCACCAUUUUUUGCAAUAUUUAGAUUUUUUCCCACCGGACAUGUUCACGUAUCCACUCCAAAUGUUCACAAAUCCCGCUGGAUGGAAACCGACUUCUUGUUACAGGAUCUAUCUGUCACUUUUAACCUGAAGACUUCUACAAAGACAAAAUCUUUUUUCAUCUCC